ACAAGAAGAAAUUAUCGAAGAAAAUAUAGAAAAAGGACAUUAUGCUCGGAAUUGUUUAUCAGAAAGAAGACAUACAAGAGAACAAAAGGUACAACUUUACCAAUCAAAUAACAACCGUCAAAGAGACGUUAGUUAUGUAGGAACAGAGGAAUAUGAUGAAGAAACAAUAUACAUCGCCCAAAAAUCAAGAUCUCAACUGUAUACCAAAGAUCGAAGAGAAGUUAAGCAAAAACAAUUCGAAUCUCGCAAAGAACAUGCACUAAGAAGUAAAAUUGACGAAUUAGAAAACGAGGAAGAUGAAACUGAGACUUUUUUAUCUGAUGAAUUGGUUAACGACCAGGAUGAAGAUCUAUGUUAUAACUCCUGGGAGAACGAAAUUAGAAUGAAUCCUACAACAUACCUAGCAGAGGUUCUAGUGAUUAAAGAAGACGACUUAAAACCAGAAUUUAAUAUCGGUCAAGGCCUUACCGAUAGUCAACAAGAUAACGCUUAA